AUGGUAUUUCAGUUGGUGAAACUUGGUGAGGACACUAUUUUUGAUCAUGUGUUUGAUCGAUACACGGAAUUAGAGAAGAAUUUUGAUAAUUUGAAGCAGGAUCUGGGGAUAGAAGACAGAGAGAAGAGAGAGCUUAUUAUUGAUAUAGAUCCUCCUGAACAACUGAAGGUGACUACCAAGAUGAAAAGGAAAAGGAAAACUAAGCAAAAUGGUCAUAUAGCGCAGAGUUCUGCAAAGCUCGAUAGUUAUACGUUGAAUAUCGAGCAAUCAAUCACUAGCCUUUAUUCCUCCAAAGAUAAUGCCAACUCAACUACGGGAUACGUUGUUUGGUCAACAACUCCAUUCUUCUUGAAAUGGCUACUCUAUAGUAGUGCUGCAGAACCAUUGAGAACUCCAAUGGAUGUAUCGACGGUGGAAGGAAAUACGUCUGGCACAAUCCGAGUGCCUCCUCUGCUAGGGAGUAAUAUUGGUGGUCGAGACAAGAUUGGUGUGAUUGAGAUGGGGACUGGUAUAGCAGGUAUAUUACCGGUAACUCUAGGCAACUAUGCCGAUACCUAUAUCUGCACGGAUCAGAAGGGUAUCAUACCCAGAUUAAAAUCGAAUAUUAGAAGAAAUCUGGAGCAAUUGAAUAGACGCAAAUGCGUAUCGCAUGCAUUGAACAUCGAUGAAGUAGAAGAAUACACACAACAGAAUAAUGUUGAGGAUCGUGUUGACGGUCUCCGUUUAGAAAUAGCAGCAUUGGAUUGGGAGAAUUUCGAUACUAAUGUCUUGCAGGCGCACUUCGAAGGAAUUAACACCAUAUACAUACUGGCCAUGGACGUAAUAUACAACGAAUAUUUGAUAGACCCCUUUCUGAAGUGUCUCACAACCAUAAGAAGCCAUUUUCAAAAAACACCGGCAGUCAAGAUUCAAUGCCUCAUCGGAAUUCACCUGCGGUCCCAUGACAUACUCGCCAGCUUUCUGGAACAGGCCCUUAUCAAAUACAAUCUCCCCAUCCACUACGUAGCGGAUGAAACACUAGACUCAUCACGAUUUUGCAUAUAUUUCAUAUAA